AUGAAACUCUUGCUUAUCAGCCUAGCUGUAUGCUUAAGAGCUACCUAUGCUCAAUGGGGACUUCAAAGAAAUGAUCUAGUAGCCAACUUUGAUAGACCAAUUUGGCAGCCCACUUGGUGGAAUCAAGACCGGCACAGAUCUUAUCUUACUCCAAACUGGGUGAACGGUUGGAACUCAUAUACUCUCAACCCUUUCCAAUUUUGGUCUCAACCCUACUCAACGUUACCGUAUCCCAUGGGUCUCGGCUCCAGCUACUCGUAUCAGAAUAGAUGGAAUCAACAGUACCCAAUCAGACAGUACCAAGAUAAUUGGUCUUCUAGAAACAACUACAAUGUUUACGCAAACCACCCGUGGAAUAGACUUGGUUGGUCUCAACGCCAGAACCAGGAAUAUCGUCCAUUCCGGACGGAAGAAUAUCAAGGACCAAUCGCGCAAGAUUAUUUCCCAAGACAACGAUACAAUGUUUACCCAGACAGUGUGCCUAGCUACAAUUGGAACCCUAGAAAUUGGAACUUAAAUAGACAGUACCAUCCCAUUAACGCAUACCACCCAUACCCAAUACGGUCAUAUCAGCCAACAUCAGUGAACUUCCACCCAUCUUACCCAAUCAGAUCGCAACAUUCUUAUCCAUCGGUAACAGAGCAGUUCAGUAGGCCGUCUUGGAGACAGUCUCACCAACCGAAUCUCAUCAGUAAAAACCGGCCACACCAAAAUGAACAUAGUUCGUACAAAAAAUCUUACGAUCCUUUCUAUGUUCAAUCAGACGGGCCAUCUUCAAUAAGUAUCCACCGACCGAAUGUCAAUUCACAAGGAGCUGAACGUAACUGGUAUUUAAACAGUCAUUACAAUCCACUCUUAAGAUCACACAAGCCUUCAGUUCCUUCAGGUCGGUCCCAUGACUCGCAAUCAAUUUGGUCCUAUCCAUCAUCAGUUCAAUCACAGCCCUCACAUCCGAUCCGGCCUCAACGGUUUUAUCCAUUAAAUUAUUAUUUGAAUCAGCAAGCCAUUAACCAUCAACACCCAAAGGGGGUACAUUAUCAUAAUGAUAACAAAAAUAAUUAUUACCACUUGUACCACCCUCGACCAUCCCAAUCCCAGCACGUAUCGGUAAAAAAACAUGUAGUUCCUUUUGAAAAAGAUCAGAUUGACCUGUCCACUCUUUGGUUCCUUAACCAAUUGUUAAAACCUGUUUCACCUAAACCAAUCAACCGCUCCUCCAGGAACCAGCCUGGAUUUAUACCUUUCGAUGUUGUAAUCGUAAAAAAAAUUGUAUCCCCUGUCAAGUCGAAGAUACUGAAACGUCCACAUCUCCCUAUUCAUCUUAGACCUAUGGUAAAUUCCCUUCCGGCAAAGGAAAAUCUAUCGACAGUAAAGCCUAUAUUUAAUGGUAUUAAACCAGUAUCCGUAAAACCAUUUCGGCCACUCUACGAAAAGGUGUCAGAAAAUCCACAGCAGGUUGAACUGAACUGGAAUCAACCACCGUCUAUCCAUCCGUGGUACCCCAAGGUGAACCCCUGGCAUCCAGCAAAGGAUAUCAGUACAAAGCCGACAACUGCUGCAGUCGCAUAG